AUGGAGAAAUCUAAAAACUUUCGCAUUGAAGCGUUGCUGGCGCACGACGUGGAGCAGAGGACGGACAGUGAUGGUGCGUCCCCGGGGUUGUACUACAGCAGAAGCCCUGGUGGCAGUCCUGUGUCAACCCGUGGCUCGGAGACGCCCUCCCCACGUCCAAACCCAACGAACUACUCUCCAGCCCUGCCAGGAGUACUAUCAGAGUCCCAGCUCUUCAGCCUGUCCCAGUCAGGAUACACUGCUCUACACCAUGGGGGUCUACUCGGUAUGCACCCAGCUUCCAUGUAUCCUCUGGCAGCCCUCGGAGGCCAGCACCCCGCCUUUAUGUACCCCGGCUUCACGCAGCUGGUCCAACCGUACCAUGAGCAGCUAAAGGGGGCACACAUGGCCGUGACGCACCCGCUUGAGCCCUGGAUCAGGGCCGGGAUGAUGAUACCCAGACUCGGAGAUUAUGGAGCAGCAGCCCAUGCUGGUUUGUUGGGGAAGUGUCGGCGCCCCAGGACGGCUUUCACCAGCCAGCAGCUGCUAGAAUUAGAAAACCAGUUCAAGCUCAACAAGUAUCUGUCCAGGCCUAAGCGCUUCGAGGUGUCCACUUCACUCAUGCUAACUGAGACUCAGGUUAAGAUCUGGUUCCAGAACAGGCGUAUGAAGUGGAAGAGAAGCCGCAAAGCCAAGGAACAAAAGUCACCUCUGACUGACACAGAAAAAGCUGCCAUGGAUAUACACAGUGCCAAGCCUCAGAGUGAUUCACACAGCUCCAGCCUGGAGGAUGAAGAGGAGAUAGAAGGGGAUGAUGAGGAUGAGAAAGAGGAGAUAGAGGUGCUGAGGGCGGCUUCUUUAGGCUCCGUAGGCUUCUCGAGGCACGCUGGAGGAGGAACAGGGAACUAUUACUCAGAGGAGGAGCCGGAGGAAGAAAGCCCAAGAACAAGAAGUGGGAUUUUCCCAUAGUUGCAAAUGGCAGCAUGCUUUUAUUGUACGUCUUUUUAUGUUUAUUACUCUUAGGGACGAUACACAAUGCAAUCAGGUGCACAAACAUGGUGGCAUGAAGAGGACCAUUUUUUUGUCAAAGGCCUGCCCAUAGUACUAUACCAUCCAAAAAAGCAAAAGGGUGCCGUCAUCUGCACAUCAGGCACAUCAGGCACAUAACGCAUCUCAUUAUACAAGAAUAAUGCCACAUUUGUGUUCCUCGACAUUUAUUGGUUUAUAUAGGCUAUGGUCAGUAAU